AAAAGCGAUUAGUACUUUCUCUUUUUAUUUUUCUGUCUCCCAAAUCGGGAUAGACUGAUAGUCCGAUGCAAGUCGUCAGUUGUGGUCAGAAGUAAGUUGAAGUGAGGUGCGAUUUUUAUUGUAGAAAAAGUAACGACUACGUCGAAAUGGAGAAAAGGUUAUUGCUCCUGUUGGUCAACGUACUGUUUGUAGCAACAGCCCAAGACGGUUUUUUCAAAAACUCGAUCUAUGAAGAUUUGUUCGGUUUCGUUAAGUACCCUGUACUAGCAGGAAAUGGAAUUGGUAUAUCUUCGUCAUUUUCGAAAAUAAGUAAUGGCAAAGCUCCACCUAGAGAAGAAAUCAUCCAGCCAGGAUGUGGAACCGCUCCCGACCAUUGUCCUAACACAAUUUAUCGUUCCUACGAUGGUUCAUGCAAUAAUUUGAAAAAUCCGACUUGGGGAAUACCCAAUACCCCAUAUAAUAGAUUAUUACCAGCGAAAUAUGCAGAUGGUAUUCAAGAACCUUUACUAUCAAAGAGUGGAAGACAAUUACCCUUAGCCAGAUCGGUGAGUCUACUGCUUUAUCCAGAUGUUCCGAUAGAAGAUCCAAUCUUCACUUUGAAUGCUAUGCAAUAUGGUCAAAUUAUAACGCACGAUCUAAGUAUGACAGCAGGAAGUACCCAAACACAGCACUAUAAGACCAGAUGCUGCUCGGAGGAUGGUCAACUAUUAGAGCUAGCCAAUGUACCAGAACACUGUUUCCCGAUGAUUCUUCCAGAUAACGAUCCAGCUCACUCCAAUGACAACGUUAAAUGCAUGAGCUUUGAUAGAACCAUCACGGAUAGAGAUCGGAGGUGUGUAAAAGGAAAUUCCCCUGCCGAACAGCUCACUUCGGUGAACCAUUUCAUAGAUUUAUCACUCGUUUAUGGUAAUGAUGAUGAAACCAACCAUCAACUGAGGGAAUUUAAAGGUGGUAGACUACGUUUUGAUGCCAGAAAUGGCCACCAAUGGCCGCCAAGGGCUACCAAUGCCUCAGGAACUUGUCGAUUGUCAAAGCCAAAAGAUGCCUGCUACUUCGCAGGUGAUACCAGAAUCAACCAAAAUCCACAACUAGCCCUUCUACAUGUGAUACUUCUACGAGAACACAACAGAAUCGCUGACAUACUUUCUGGGCUUAAUCCUCACUGGGAUGAUGAAAAGUUGUUCCAGGAAGCCAGAAAGAUUUGCGUGGCUGAGCACCAGUAUAUUACUUACUACGAAUGGCUACCUUAUUUUGUUGGUGUGGACAGAGCGCUGGAGAGUAGGUUGAUUUGGAAGGCUGACGGUUUUGUUGAUGAUUACGAUGAGCAUGUUAAUCCAACUGUCUUAAAUGAGCACUCAACAGCUGCCUUGAGAAAUUUCCAUACAUUAAUCGCUGGAAAGAUUGAUUUAGUUACCGAAAACGGAUAUCAUCAACAGUCUCUAAGGUUCACAGAUGUACUGAGACGACCACAAGUUAUCGAAACCAAAAAUUUAUUUGACGAUCUCAUCAGAGGACUCACCACCCAACCCCAGUCUGCUUCAGAUCAAUUCCACGAUAGUGAGGUAACUCAGUUCAUGUUUAGAGAAGAUAACGAGAAAUUCGGAGUGGACCUUAGAGCAAUAGAUGUACAAAGAAACCGAGACCAUGGCUUAGCAUCGUACAACGACUACAGAGAGCUAUGGAAGAGACCAAGGGCUCAAAAGUUUGAAGAUCUGUUAGACUCUAUGACUCUAGAAAACGUUAUGGCUCUAUCUCAACUCUAUGAGCACCCUGACGACAUUGACCUAAUUGUAGCAGGAUCUAUUGAGAAAAACGUAAAAGGAGCUUUAGUGGGCCCAACGUUUUUGGGUAUAAUCAUCGAGCAGUUUUACCGGACAAGAGUGGGGGAUAGAUUCUUCUUCGAGAACAGUGGCCCUCUGGGAUUCAAACUUGACCAACUGCAGGAAAUUCGCAAAGCCAGUGUAUCAAAACUGUUGUGCGACAACGGACACCACGUUCUUAACAUACAGCCUAGAGGAUUCGAAAAGAUAUCUCAAGGCAAUCCUCUAGUUUCUUGCGAAUCAUUACCUACCCUGGAUCUCUCCAAAUGGAAAGAGCACCCGAAUAUACAGCUAUUUGGAGACUUGCCGCUGAAACAAGGAACGUAUGUCUUCGCAUAAUUUACCAAACUGAAACUAUUCUUCACUGAACUUUUAAAGGAUUUGAAAAGACUGUCAUCUAUCUGUUUAAACGAAUACUCUAGUUUGUCAUAGACUCAUACUCUAUCGUGCCAGGAAGUUAUCAACAUCACAUUUUGUUUGAUUUAUCAUGUAAUUUUAAGUUUUGUUACUUUUGUAUUAUUUUGUUAUUAUUUAUUAAUUUAAUAUAGCAGAGAUCUAUUUA